UUCUGGGGCACCGUACGGCCCACCAUUCCCAACGACGCUCGCCAUGCCAUGGCGGGCUCCGGAGGCGAAGAUGGCGUCUUUAUUAUAUGCCUGGAGGCCAGCGACCUCCUGUUGGAGCCCAUGUGCGACACCUGGGAGCUACAGCAGGAGCUGGUUCCCUACGUGCAAGCGGUGUCCCUCCAGCACGACCACUUCUUGAAGCUUCCGAAGACGGAGCGUCAGGCCAAGGUAAAGAUCCUGAUGCAGCAGAUCCUCAGCGGCGAGAGCGGCAACCCAGGUGAAGGUGAGGAGGAGGCGGAGUCGCCUGGACAGAUCAGGAUGGAGGAGGCCCUCAGUCCGCAUCGCUUUUGGGCGCACCUUCGAGCCAAGUACGGCACGCGGCUGGGCCUCAUUCUCGAGAUGCUUCAGCUUAUGGAGCCCAUGCUCAGACCCAGGCGCGUCUUGGUCUUGCGCUUCGAGGGCGAGCCCACCAUGCCCAGCGCGUCCUUGAUCUUCCGGGCCUCCCAGCCUUUGAGCUCUGAGGGAGGGGCCUACAGCCGAGAGUUCGCCCCGGGCGGCUUCAGUGCGGCCGGGCUCAACAACUGGCUCCAGGAGGUGCCCUCGGCUCGGGUGCCUCCACUAUGGUCGCGCUUGGCUGCGGCCAAGGAGGCAGUGGAGGGAUCUCAGAACGUGUCAGCCCUGAUCUUGUGCGCUCAGUCCACGUCCACCGAGACGAUUCCGGAGGCCCUGGCAGUGGCCGGGAGGUCGUUGUGCCAUGGGAAGCAGGUGCCCUGCCUCUCAGCCGUGGCCUUCGGCAGCGACUUCACCUCAGAGCGCCUGGCCGCGCUCGAGGACCUUUGCGCAUGGUCCGGUGGCCUGUCCUUCAACGUGGACGAGCCUGGCAUGCUCCGAGCUGCGGCCGAUGGAUUGGCAGCCCACCUCUUCCAGGCUGAUGCCCGGUUCUUGGAGCGGCGGCGCUACUAUGCCCAGAAGCAGGAGCUGGGCACGUGCUUCAUGGAUCUCCCGCGGCUCGUGAAAGACCUGGAGGGGGACGCCACGCCUUCGCGGCUCACGCCUUUGCGACGGCGGAACCUUACGGGGCUGCCGGCGCUGCUGGUGAAGGCUUCGAGCCUGCCCAUCGAUUAUGCCGUGCCGUCGGAGUCCAUGCUCACCGUGCUCUCGGAUGUCACCCUGGUCCUUGCCCACCGCUGGUCCAGAUCCCUCCGGGUGUGGAGGAUCCGGCGGGGCAUGCGGGACCUGGUCUUUGGAGAGCCCGGAAGCAUCGGCUUGGACUUCGAGGAGCCGGUGAAGGAGGCCUCCGGGGCUGUCAGUUCCACCUGGCGGCUGCGUGCGACGCACCCGCCAGCCUCAGCGCUCAAGAUGGAGGAAGGCUCGGAGCUGGUGGCCAUCAACCGGGUCCGCGUGACGCCCUACACGCCCCGCAGCGAGGUCGCCCGGCGUAUCUCCUCCAGGCCGGUCUCUUUGACCUUCAGGCUGCCAAAGAGUGGCAAGGAGGUGGCUCCCUCCGAGAUCUUUCCGAUGGUGGUCGCCGAGAUCGUGGUGAGCGAGCUGCGCGAGGGGUUGACCCCUCUGAAAACCGCCCAGCCGCCGCUGAGCAGCGCAGUGCAGCGAGUGCAGGCGGUGAAGGCGCGGAAGCUGCCGCAGCACCUUCACCAGGCCAACAGCAUCUUAGAGUCCCUCCGCGGUUGGGGCACCAUGCCGGGAACUACCGUGCCGGCCUGGGUGGAGCACCUCAAGGCGGACAGCCCCCUGGGCCGCAGGUGGACCAAAGUGGCCUCCAUGGACCUGUUCGCGCGCGAGCCAGGGCUGCUGUACCGCGUGCUGCUGUUCUGCGGCGAGGUUGUGACGCUGGCGCGAGCCAGCCUGAGCUGCUGCUGCUGGCGGGGGUUGCUCACUGCGACCUCCAAGCCGCAGCGUCGACUCUGGAGCUGGGCACUGCGUCACGGCGAAGGGCCCUCGGCAAAGCAGCGCGCGGGCUUUUGGAGAUGGGCUUUGCGAGACGAGGAUGCCCAGCGCGCGGCUGCAUCGCUUGCUGCACAGGUCAACCCUACCAGCGAGGAGGAGACGCUGCUGGACACUGUCAGCAGGGUGGACGCCGCCAGCCUCUCGCGGCUCUGCAGCGGCCUGGGCGGGGCCGUGCCCGGGCUCGAGGCAGCCCAAUCCACAGCCGACAAUAUCGCAGCAGCGUUGGGCGGAACUGGCAGGCAGAGAUCAAGCAGUGGUGGAGAUUCCGAUGGGUCUCUCACCAGGCUACCGGCCUCCAUGUUGCAGCGCUUGCUCGUUGAGCCCUGGCACUGCCAAAGGCUUUGGCUGCUGUCCGACGCUGCGCUGCCGUGGCUCGUGAUGCAGUGCCGCUACUUCCAGGUGGCGAUCGCCGCGCAUGUGCCAAACCUGUUCCGGCACUUGAUUGGUGAGGGCCUCGCGCCGGAGCUUUUCUUCUGCCGGUGGCUGCAAGGCUUAUUUCAAAGCUGCCUCACCCCAGAGUUGCAGCUGCGGAUCUGGGACCUCUUCAUCUUCGAGCGAUCUUUCAAGGUCUUCGUAAAGCUCGCUGUGGCCAUUUUCGCCCUCCUGGAAAAGAGGCUGAUCGGGCAAGACAUCGAGAAGAUGAUGGACCUGCUCUUCGAUUCCUCGGCCUGGUCGAUUCCGCAGGAGGAGUUCUGGACGGCCGUCCUUUCCGUGAAGGUCACCCGCUCCAUGAUGCUCGAGACGGCGUAAAAGGGGGCG